AUGCCACAGCAAGCUAACAAAUUGAGUGCCCUCACACCCGCCACAGUGUGCCAGUCACUGUACGUGAUGCCGCUGCUUCUCCUGCUGUUGUUUCUGUGCUGCGCCAGUGUGUGUGUUGCGCAGAACGACGGCGGCGUGCAGUCGACUGGUGUUGUGCGGGAGUUGCCCCGCAAGGGACAGAGUGGUGUGCAGGCGUACACCGUCGCCACACAGAAUGAGAAUGAAGGAUGGGAGCUGAUCCGCAUUAAGGCGUUAACGGAGAACUUGACUGAACAUUUAAAUUUAUGCGGCAAGGUAAAGGAGAUAAAGCAAGAGGAAAAAGAGAAAAGAGAAGAAGUUAAUGGGGCAGAUUAUGGACAAGCAGAAAAUACAAAGGUAUCACUCGCAGAUGAUAAGAAGUGCGAUUAUAAACGAGCGUCUGAGGAGGAAAGGGAUAAUCUAGUGAAUAAUGUCAUUCCCGCUGCUAUCAAACUGCACAGGGAUCGUCUACUUGUUCGCCCUGUGAGUGGAAAGCUGAAGGUGCCUGAGUUUAAAGAUGACAGUAAUUGCAAUUUUUUUACUGUACCUGAAAAGCACCGUACUGUGGGUUUUGAUGCUGACUUUGCCCUCUAUGUGAUUGCUGUACAGAAGAUGAGGUUUGGUUACACAUGUGCCGUGGAAAAUUCAACAGGGCGUCCAAUCGUUGGAGCAGUGAGUUACGCUCCUGAAUCGAAUGAUAACCGUGGCACGCGGUUCAACGUUCGCCGUGUUGCACACGAGAUGGCACACGCACUGGGAUUUGAGUACGAGUUGAUGAAGGGAAGGAGAAUGUUGUCCGAAGUGGAUCCCAUUGAGGAAACUCGUGCGUUGCUAAACUCCACAAAGACAGUGGGAAAAGCACGGGAACAUUACGGUUGUCCUUCGUUAACAGUAAUGGAACUGGAGGCGCACAAUGGCGAAGAGGAAUGUCAGGGAGUUCAUUGGGCAAUGCGCGUUGCGAAAGGUGAAUUGAUGACAGUGCCACGUGAAUUCGGUGCCGGCUACUAUACAGCACUCACAAUGGCAUUGUUUGAGGAUCUGCAGUUCUACAAGGCAAACUGGGGAAUGGAGGAACAAAUGAGCUGGGGGAAUCAGAGUGGAUGUACCUUUCUCAAGGAGGAAUGCGCGAAGAAACAUAAUGAAGUCAUUAAUGGUCUCUUCGAUGGCCAAAGUGUUUCUCGAUGCACGUCGGACCGCACUGCAUACGGGAAGUUUCUGCUUAACGAAAGUUUAUUCAAAGAAUAUCAGAGCACCUGUAACGUAAAAGAGGAUUAUAUUGCACGUGAAAUGCCACAGAACUCUUCUUAUUGUGCUGAUACUACGACAGAUACCUCGGCACCCCCUGGAUCAAUUAUGGGACCUGAUUCAUGGUGUCUGGAUGCUGAACUGACAGUCAAGGACGCUGAAAGUACAUUUUCGAACGUGAAAGGUGUGUGUGCACAGGUAUCGUGUGACUAUGAGAAGCGAACAGUGAAAGUGGAGUACAAAGGCAAGGGAGACAAAAACAUAUUGAACGAAUGCCCUGAAAACAAGAUGAUCGAUGUGGAACUCUCUGAAUCCGCAAGCGGUAAGAUCAAGUGCCCCAAGUACGAUGAGGUGUGUACUGUUGCGUCCAAUGGCAGCAGUCUUGUUCCAUUUGUUAACCCACAUCCAGCACCACCAGCAGCAGGACCUACAUCUCUGCAGGGAGAUCAGGGAAAUAACGGUACCACUACUAAUGCAAGCAGCAGAAGGGAUACUACUGGUGUUACUUCUUCCACAACUUCCAAUAACACUCAGGCUGCUGCCGCUGCAGGUACGACCUUACUAAAUGGAAAAGACAAUGCAAACACCAAUGAUCCGUCAAAAUAUCCAGGGGUUGUGAAUCAAGCUCAAAUUAACAAUAUGCAGAACAGCACAGGGAUUUUAACUGAACUUGGUAAAGAUGAUGCUCUUUCUGCAGUUUGCUCUCUUCCCAUCAUGUUUGUCACCAUGGUUCUUGCUGUGGUGCUGUCUUGCUGA